AUGAGCAUUUCGAGUGAAACCCUAGUUACAAAGAGGAAAAGAUUGAUUGGAGAGUUGGUGAAAGGCAAAGAAUUUACAGCCCAGCUUCAAACCCUACUUAAUAACCCACUGAAAAAUAAUGGGUCUGUCUCUGCUGAGGAAUUAGCUGUGAAAAUCCUGAGAUCUUUCACUGAGACUCUUUCAGAGUUAAGUUCAGAUGAAACAUUCCAGAUCGACGGCGGCGAUAGUGGCGCCUCAGUCUGUUCACUUGAGAGUGAGAAGAAGCCGGCGAAGGUCAAGGAUCGAAGGGGUUGUUACAAGAGAAGAAGGACCUCAGAUUCAAGGAAAAUAGUUUCUCCUACAAUGGAUGAUGGGUAUGCAUGGAGGAAAUAUGGACAGAAAAAAAUUCUCAAUUCAGAAUAUCCAAGAUGUUAUUAUAGAUGCACUCACAAGUAUGAAGGAUGCAAAGCUGCAAGACAAGUAGAAACAAUCAAAGAAGAUCCCAUUUUGUAUGAAAUUACGUACUUUGAUCAUCAUACGUGCACUGAUAGAAUGAGGGCUCCACAUAUUGUAGAUUCUGAUCCUGUGGAAUCCCUUAAUCUAGUCAGUUUUGAUUUAAAAAACCCACUCAAUCAAGACCAUCCAUCCUACUCCAUGAUCAACAUUCCUUCGGGAAAAGAACCUAAACAAGACGCGCAAAGUACUGAUAUGUCUGAUGUAAAAUCUUCACUGGAGGAUUCUAACUUGUGGCACAAAAAAGUGCCAAUGGAGAAAAAAUCUUCUGGAUAUGCAUCGGUGUGGGGUCCGAAAACAAGAUCUUGUGAUCAUGAUCAAGAAGUGGUUUCUCGUUUUUAUUCAUGCACAUCAAAUAGUAUGCAUGAGCUAGAUAUGGAGGAGAAUCGCUGCUGGGUUCCCAGCAGCAGCGAAUCGCUGCUGGGGACAGCAGCGAAAUCCAGCUGCUGGGAACCCAACAGCAGCGAUUUCGCUGCCGGGAAAGAGCUUUCCCAGCAGCGAUUUCGCUGCGUUUAUAUGUGGUUGGAUUUGGCGGUGAUGGAGGUGUUACUGUGGUACCGGAAUUUCCCGAAGAGAUUUGAUCGGGCCGUGCCUGGAAAGAUGCUGAAAUUCCUGAAAGGUGUGGUGGGCGGAUCGGGUGCGGGCCUCAAAGAUCUGCCAUACAACAUCGGCGAGCCUUACUCUUCUGCUUGGGGCUCCUGGGUUCACUGCCGUGGCACCUCCAAGGACGAUGGGACUCCUGUAUCAAUAUUUUCUCUUUCAGGAAGCAAUGCAAAUGAUGGUCAUUUAGCUGCUGGUCGCAAUGGUGUCAAGCGCCUUCGAACAGUUAGGCAUCCGAAUAUUUUGUCGUUUCUUUACAGUACCGAGGCAGAAACUUUUGAUGGUUCAAAUACAAAGGUUACAAUCUACAUUGUCACAGAGCCCGUUAUGCCUCUGUCUGAAAAGAUCAAGGAAUUGGGAUUAGAAGGCAGCCAAAGGGAUGAGUAUUAUGCAUGGGGACUGCACCGGAUAGCUAAAGCUGUGAGCUUCCUAAAUAAUGAUUGUAAAUUGGGAUUUGAUCGGGCCCGGCCUGGAAAGAUGCUGAAAUUCCUGAAAGGUGUGGUGGGCGGAUCGGGAGCGGGUCUCAAAGAUCUGCCGUAUAACAUCGGCGAGCCUUACUCCUCUGCUUGGGGCUCCUGGGUUCACUGCCGUGGCACCUCCAAGGACGAUGAGACUCCUGUAUCAAUAUUUUCUCUUUCGGGAAGCAAUGCAAAUGAUGGUCAUUUAGCUGCCGGUCGCAAUGGUGUCAAGCGCCUUCGAACAGUUAGGCAUCCAAAUAUCUUGUCGUUUCUUUACAGUACCGAGGCAGAAAUUUUAGAUGGUUCGAAUACAAAGGUUACAAUCUACAUUGUUACAGAGCCUGUUAUGCCCCUGUCUGAAAAGAUCAAGGAAUUGGGAUUAGAAGGCAGCCAAAGGGAUGAGUUUUAUGCAUGGGGACUGCAUCGGAUAGCUAAAGCUGUGAGCUUCCUAAAUAAUGAUUGUAAAUUGAUUCAUGGUAAUGUUUGUAUGGCUAGUGUUGUUGUCACUCAAACUUUGGACUGGAAAUUACAUGCAUUUGAUGUUCUGUCCGAGUUUGAUGGGAAUAAUGAAGCUUCAGCUGGACCAAUGCUGCAAUAUGAAUGGCUUAUUGGUUCACAAUACAAGCCAAUGGAGUUGUCAAAAUCUGACUGGACAGCUAUCAGAAAAUCUCCACCUUGGGCUAUUGAUUCUUGGGGUCUGGGCUGUCUUAUUUAUGAACUCUUCUCUGGUAUGAAGUUGAGCAAAACUGAGGAGCUACGCAAUACUGCUAGCAUUCCAAAGUCUCUGCUUCCAGAUUAUCAGCGUCUCUUGAGUUCUGUGCCUUCUCGCAGGUUGAAUUCAUCAAAGCUUCUGGAAAAUAGCGAAUAUUUUCAAAAUAAGUUGGUGGAGACUAUACACUUUAUGGAAAUUCUUAAUUUGAAAGACAGCGUUGAAAAGGAUACUUUUUUCCGUAAGCUUCCGAAUCUUGCCGAGCAGCUUCCUCGCCAAAUAGUGCUGAAAAAGUUGCUUCCAUUAUUAGCAUCCGCCUUAGAAUUUGGUUCAGCUGCUGCACCUGCUUUGACAGCAUUGUUGAAAAUGGGAUCUUGGCUUUCAACAGAAGAUUUUAGUCUCAAGGUAUUACCAACAAUUGUCAAACUCUUUGCAUCGAAUGAUCGUGCCAUUCGAGUUGGUCUUCUGCAGCAUAUUGAUCAAUUUGGCGAGUCGUUAUCCUCGCAAGUUGUUGAUGAACAAGUUUACCCUCAUGUUGCUACUGGGUUUUCCGACACAUCUGCUUUUCUACGGGAAUUGACACUCAAAUCCAUGCUCGUUCUUGCACCUAAGUUGUCUCAGCGCACCAUAUCAGGGUCAUUACUGAAAUUCCUUUCAAAACUACAGGUUGAUGAAGAACCUGCAAUUAGAACAAAUACUACUAUACUGCUCGGAAAUAUUGCAAACUACCUUAACGAUGGGAUGAGGAAAAGAGUUCUGAUAAAUGCAUUUACAGUUCGAGCUUUGCGUGAUACAUUCUCUCCUGCCCGAGGAGCAGGUAUUAUGGCUUUAUGUGCCACUAGUUCUUACUAUGACGUCACUGAGAUUGCAACUCGAAUUUUACCAAAUGUUGUUGUACUCACCAUCGAUCCCGACAGUGACGUUCGAUCAAAGGCAUGCCAAGCUGUUGACCAGUUUUUACAAAUAGUGAAACAAUACCAUGAGAAGACAAGCACAGGGGAUGCUACGGGCACCUCAAGCACUGGAAUUACAUCAAUACCUGGAAACGCAAGUUUACUUGGAUGGGCCAUGAGCUCUUUGACUAUAAAAGGUGGCAAACCUUCUGAGCCAAGUGUUCUUGCUUCAUCGAGUGCAAGUGCACCUAUAAUUGCUUCUUCCAUCUCCAAUGCCAGCUCCGAGUUGGAUGGUGCACAUGUACCGGCAGUCCAUGUAAAUUCCCAGACAGAUUUAACUGAUCAACCUGCACCUGUGUCCCCUACCUCAUCAACUGAUGGAUGGGGAGAGCUUGAAAAUGGCAUUCAUGUAGAUGAUGAAGUUGAAAAGGAUGGUUGGGAUGACAUUGAGCCACUAGAUUCGUCAAAACCGCCUUCAGCUCUUGCAAAUAUCGAAGCGGCCCAAAAGCGGCCCGUCUCACAGCCAAAACCACAAGUUACGAGUUCAAGACCAAAAAGCACAUUAAGGACGAGUAAGGAUGAUGACAAUAACUUGUGGGGUUCAACAGCCAACCCUGCUUCAAAAGCCGCGUCAAAACCUUCAAACUCAAAAACGAGCAUAGCUGCUGAUGAUGACCCUUGGGGUGCUAUCUCUGCCCCAGUUCCGAAAUCAUCAUCAAAGCCUAUGAAUCUGAAAUCUAGUGGAUCAGCUGAUGACGACCUAUGGGCUUCAAUUGCAGCACCUCCACCUACUACAGGAUCGAAGCCCUUGUCUGGGCGAAGCAGAGGUUCUAAACCUGCUGCUCCAAAACUGGGUGCUCAAAGGGUGAACAGAACAUCAUCUGGGAUGUAA